AUGCCUCUCAAGAGGAGCUUCGCACUGAACACCACGCUCGAUGGGGAGGGCAAUUUGGCCCGUAUCAAGGCUAGCAUACAGGAAGCCAAAGCCCGAGGCGCAAGCCUUCCCGUUGGAUCCAAGCUCGAGAUUUGUGGAUACGGCUGCCUUGACCACUUCCUAGAAGACGGCAUCUAUACAAAUUCUUGGCAUAUGUUAUUAGACAUCCUCGAGGAUGAGGCCUGUCACGCAAUACUUCUUGACAUCGGCAUGCCGGUAAAGCAUGAACAACAGCGCCUCAAUUGUCGCAUCAUUGCGCUCGACGGCAACGUCAUCUUGAUCUGCCCCAAGCUGUGGCUCGCAAAUGAAGGCAAUUAUCAUGAGGCAAGAUACUUCGACGCAUGGAGCAAACCCGCUUACCUCGAAGACUACCACCUAUCCCCACAAGUUGCAGCCGUUCUUGGCUCCAGAACAGUACCGAUCGGAGACGCCGUCAUCUCGACUCGAGAUGCAGUGAUAUACUGCGAGGAUCUUCUCACUCCGGCGUCACAUCACGAUCUACUGGUCAAGAAUGGGGUCGAUAGCGUCGGAAAGACAGCUGAUCUGCUCCAGGGUAUGCAACAGUCGUUGAGGGACAAUGGAGGCGUGAUCGUAUAUGCAAACCAGAAGGGAUGUGAUGGCGACCGCUUCUACUACGGUGGCAAGGCUGCAGUGAUCGUGAAUGGUACCAUUGCAUCCCAAGCACUGCAGUUCAGUUUGAACCACGUGGAAGUGGCUGUGGCUACGAUCAACCUCAGUCAGGCCCGGUGCUACUGUGACGAUAUUGGAAGAACAGAUGGCAUGAAACAUAAAGGAUCAGCUUACAGAGGGGUGAAGAUCGACUUCAACCUGUCUAAGCCUAUGGACGGAGCCAACGGCAAUGGUAACGGUAACGGCUGCUACCACACGCGUCAGCUUUUGCAAACAAACGGCAUCGAAGAAGAACUCGUCUUGGGUCCAGCUUGUUGGCUCUGGGAUACGCUUCGGCGCAGCAGGGCGGCAGGCUUCCUGUAUCCCCUCAGUGGAGGCAUAGACUCAUGCUCGACUGCGACACUAGUAUACGCCAUGUGUCGAUUCGUCAUAGCUGCGGUUGAAGAGGGCAACCAACAGGUUCCGAAGUUCAGUAUCUACGGAGGCAGCGAAGCGGAGAACCUCGCGCUUCACAAUAUUCAAGCACGAGGACGCAGGGUGACAGCAUACUACUUUGCUCAAACACUACCAACAAUCAGACAAAGACAAGAAAGCGGUGGACUUCUUGUUCUCGGCUCAGUCAACCUGGAAGAGUGCCACCGGGGCAAUGUGACGAAGCACGACUGCAGUUCAGCGGACCUUAGCGUCACAGGCGGUACAUUGAAGUUGGACAUCAGGAGCUUCAUUCGCUGGGCGCAGACAGCCUUCUCUCUCGCCAUCCUGGGUGAUUUCCUAGACGCACUACCCACCGGUGAGCUUGAACCUCGACAAUCAUCCCGUGUGGAGUCUAAUGAGAAGGACAUGGGCAUGACUUAUGAGGAGAUAUUCGCCAUGGCGAAGCUACGCAAAGUAGAGCGUAUGGGUCCCGUCACGAUGUUCGAGCGGCUGCUAGUCGACUGGCGCGAAGAGAAGACCCCACAAGAUAUCGCCGUCCUGGUGAAGAGAUUCCACCACUUCUACGCUAUUAACCGGCACAAGAUGACGACAAUGACCCCCGCCUACUAUGCCGCCGACUACAGCGCUGAAGACCCCAGACCCUUUCUGUACCCUGACUUCCAGGACGGCUGGGCCUGUAAACGCAUCGACGCGAUACUUGCUAACAUCGAGGGAAAGAGCGAGAAGCGCAAGGACUCGGUGCUGCAGCCUUAG